CUAAACAAAUCUCGGCUCAAAUAUUGCAUAUUCUUUCACUUUUUGCUCUUUUUCGCAAUGCUAGCAAAAUUGUCUGCAGACAUUUUAGAUCGUUUGGAUAUUUUCAUUUUGGAAAUUGAGGAAUUACAAGUGCCGGCACCAUUGUGGUGGGAAUACAUUUGGUGCACCUCGAUAUUGGUGUCAUUCAUUGGAUUGUCAGCUGCCAAAGGCAAUCGCGUCAAUGAUAUGAAAAAAUACAUUAUUGGUUUAAUUGUUACCGCUUUACUGCCGCUUCUAUAUUGCGCAAUUUACUAUUUUUCGGACAUUGUAGAGUACAUGACCUUAGACGAACAGACUGACAUUGAAGACACCAAGAUUUUUGUGUGGAGGGGUAAACCAUACGCAUUGAUCUGGUACGCAUUUUUUUUGGUGGCCAUACAAGUGCACGGCAUGUCCAUAUUCUUUGCAUGGAAUUUAGUACAAGCCUGGCGAUCACGAACCGCUUCACGAAAACUACAAUAGACUCUUCAACGAAAUAUUAACUAACCUAAAACGCACUGCAUAAAAAGAAAAUUACUUAAUUUAUUUUGAAUUGUGGAGUUUUGUUCAACAGAAAUAAAAAAGAAAGUAUUGUUUAAAUCUUUUUCAAUCAGUUGGUUGGCCUAAGAAAAAUUUACGAAACAAAUGUUGAAGAACAUAAAAUGUACUUAAAGUGGAGACGGCCAUUCGAACCAAUUCAUUUGAAACUGCGGUGCUUUCAGUUUAAGUGGAGACACCGAA